GUCGUUGUAAGCGUAUAUCACUGGAAGUUGCGAUGUUUCGUGAGCUGUACCGCGAUCGGCGAUGAGAUGUUGACGUGAGGUGAGGUCGAGUGGAGUGAAACGAGACGUCGGAGGUGGCGCGAAUGAAUCUCCGACCAUGAUUGCAGUGACCACAUUAACUCUCGACUAUCCACCUCCCUCUCUAUACCAGCAUUCAACUAAUGUGAUUAGAACUCGAUCUCCUUGCGUCCAACCCCUUAACGACACGUCGUUGCGCAAAUCAGCGCCUCAUCGAUCGAUGCAGGGUAUGCAAGCGUAUAUUUCAUCAUGACGACAUCCCGAGGCGAGGUCUUGGUAGAUACAUUUUGGGCUAUAUAUCAUGCUGGAGUUUGACUUGACAAACUAUACCUGAGCAGCCAUUUCGCAUAAAACACUCGAACUUCAACAAUUACGCAAUCACCAUGGAGGCAAUCAAAGGUGCAAUUAUGAGCAACACGUUCGACCCGAACAAUGACAUCCCCGACCUGUCUGGCAAGGUCUUUGUAGUGACUGGAGGCUCCGCGGGCAUUGGCUAUGGCAUUGUUGCUCAUAUCUUGCAACACAACCCAGCCAAGAUCUACCUCCUCUCCAACAAAGAAGAUCAUGCCAUUGAAGCACAAGAUUCCCUAAAGGAGUGGGGCGAUACUAGCAAAGUCGAGUGGCGGCAAUGCAAUUUACAGUCUUUCAAACAGACCGACCAAGUCGCGAAGCAACUGGCGCAAGAACUGGACAGGCUUGACGCGUUAGUUUGCAACGCAGGUCUAGGUGUCGGCGUGUACAACGAAACACAGGACGGUAUAGACAGCCAUAUGCAGGUCAACGUCUUUGCGCAGGCUCACCUUACACUCACGCUCCUGCCCAUCCUGCAGAAAACGCCCGACUCACGCAUAGUCCACCAAUCGUCCGAUAUGCACCGUGGCGGGAACGGGGGCGCAAAAUUCAAGACUGUUGCCGAAAUAAAUCAGGACAUCGGGCCUACGUACCUUUACAACCGCACCAAGCUCGCUCAGAUUCUCUUCCUCCGCGAACUCGUCUUGCGCAUAAAGGCAGGUCAGUAUGGUUCUGUGAAGGAUAACACGGGGUUUCCCUGGAUCAACGCUACGCACCCAGGCGGUGUCCUGACAGAUCAGCCAAAGCAGGCCGAGGAGGCGUACGGUACACUAGGCAAGGUCGGCGUCGCAGUGGUGAAGCCCUUCAUGAAGGAUCCUGUGUCCCAGGGAUGCCGUCCUGCCUUGUUCGCCGCGACGCAUCCAGAUAUUGUGAAGGAUCAAGUGCAAAAUGGAUAUAUCGUACCUGACCGCAAACCAACGGAACCAUCUGAUCAGGCGAAGGACGAGGUCUUGAGCCUUAACUUGUGGAAGUUGACGAAGGACAUAUUGACGUCGAAGCUUGGAGACUUGCCGUAUACGAUGGAGACUGACAAGGUGCACCCUAGGCACUUGCAUUAGGCCGGGAAGUGUAGAUUUUAUCUUGUAGCAAUAAGCACCUCGGCCGUCGUUCAAGGCACGUUUUUGUAUGUUAGCAGUGUACACGACACGUGUUACAAUAGUGCUCACCUUGUUGCUUGUUAUUUGUUUUGCGGCAUCUUUGUAUAAAGCGCGUCCUUUGUAAGAUGUACUCAUGUACUUACGUUUGCGGCUACUCCAAGGUUGUCAUAUCGUAGGGCGUGUCAUCUUGCGGAGAUGUUAUCUCUUAGUGACAGACGGACCAAAGUGUGUAGACCACUAAGAUUGUUGAAUC